UGCUUCGUCUGGAGCAACACAACAACCACAAUUGAUCCAUCGAUCGCAACAGCAGCCGCUCCAGCGUGCAUCAUAUCAACAGCAGCCUCCUCAGUUGGGAGCACAAGGCGGAGCACAAGAACAGCACUCUGCAACUAAUACAGCAGGUGCAGCUGGUGUUAUCGAUUAAGGCUUCCCCUACUCCAUCACCAUCUUCAGAAGCAUCUUCAUGAAGUUUUCAAGGUGAGAACAGCCCCAGGAUGGACUUCGGGAUGGAUUAGGGUAGGCCCUAUUCUAAAUCAAAACUACAUAAGAUUUUACUGGCAGGAGCAGUGGGGCUUUGCAGCCACUACCAGCGUUUGCGACGCGUCCUGCAUCGCGCGUCUACGAUUGUAGAACUACUGGAUGA